UGAAGUUGCAGUAAUGCGACCAAUCAGAGCGCGUUUAAACGGAGCAUAGAUGACGUCGCGAGUCAGCCCGCAAGACUUGCUUACACUAGGCCAAUAACACUAAAGCCCGUAUUCAGAACUCGCUCUUAACACAUUCGCGACGGGGCGUUUGCUGGCUGUGCUUACCGUGGGUACGGGGCCGUUUUUUGUCAAAUGUUACAGUCGCGCAUAGGUUUAGAAAAAUUACUAUAACUUUUUAUGUAAUUAAUAUUUCAGUAUGAAAUUUUAAAGAAGGGAGCAUAGGACUUGUUUAUACACAAAAAUGAGAGUAGAUACUAGGUAAUAUUCCAUUUCAAAUUUCCUAAAAUCCUAGUUAAAUAUCUUUUGAAUAAAUAAAAAAGAGAAUAUAUUUUGAGGAUAGAUUUGUAGAGCGAUAAUCGAACACAAUACAGAGUGCUUAUUUACGGGACUCAUGUGCUGGUUUCGAUAAGUAGCGGCCAAACAAUGAAUAAGUAUAGAUACACGUAUAAAGGAAGAAACGAUAAGAAAAGAUAAAGCAUAUUAUUGGGAAAACAUUCCUCAGUUUAUUAUUAGUGUCUACAUAUGGAAAAAAUCUAGUAAUAAGUGGAAAAAAUGAUAUUUUUAAAGAAUAGUUAAACGAUAACUUAAAUGACGACAUAAAGCGUCAUCCGCACCCAAGGGAAAAUCUUAAAUGACGACAUUAGGCGUCAUCCGACGUGAAUGUGUUAAGGUCACUAACAGAGUCACUAUUAGUUAAAAGUGACUGCGCCGAGUUGUUAGUGACCGUAUUCAGAACUCGCUUUUAAGCCGCUUUUAGCUAAAGGCACGCUAACAGUGAGUAGCGUCUUCUAACAUGUACUUUCAACCGCGUUCGGAAUCAUUCGGGAAGACUCGGGCAUAUUCGAUUAUGUCCAGGUGUAUUCGGUGGCAUUCGGAAAGCGCGAACUUCAUAUUUGGUGCACAUACCAACCAUGUUUCAAAUUCGAAAUCACAAGAAUUCUCUUUCUUGAAGGUCACCAUGCAACGAAAAGAGAAUUUCACCAUCGAGGAAAAAGCGUUAGUCGUACAAUUUGUAAGCGACAAUCGUGAUAUAUUAGAGAAUAAAGCAAAUAAUACUAGAUUGCAAAAGAGUAGAAGAGACAAAUGGAUGGAACUAACAGAGAAAAUGGCAACGACUGGAAUUAAGAGGGAUUGGAAAGAUAUUAGAGGUGCAUAUCAGCGGUGGAAACUCGCAGCAAAGAAGACUAUUUCUUGCUAUCGCAAGCAUGCGACUGGUACAGGCGGAGGUCCUGCACUCCCAGAAUCUUCCGGGCUCGAUUUCACAAUCAGUGAAAUUUGCCCCGAAGAUUUUGUGGAGGACGAAAAUCCCCACGAUUCCGAUAGCCUAAGAAGAACGUACCCAACAUUGAACAAGGUGGAAAAGUCUGAGAAUGAAGUCACAUACGAACUGGAUCCGACAACUGGUGAAUUAGUACUUAUACAGUCGAACCUACCUCAGGCAGAUCCGUCGUGUUCCACGGAAAUUGGAAAAAGAAGUCAUGGGGAUAGGACCUCGCCUGAGCCAGUACCAAAGAAGAUAAAAAAGAAUAUGACAGCCUACGAAGUAGCCAUGCUCGAAUUGCAAACGAAAAAAAUGGAUGAAACGUUGCGUUAUAUGGAAGAAAAGCACAAUUUAGAAAUACAAAUUAUGAAGCCGGAACACGAUCUUAGAAUGGAAAUUUUGAAGGAACAGUUAGAGAAAGAAAGAUUUUUGCAAGGACCAGAAGAAAAGAAAAAUUGAGUUUUGCAAUUCGAUCAUGGCUGCUGUGUAAGGAAUUGCUGCGAGUUUCCACCGUCGAUGCAUCUGUAAUAUCUUUCCUAACUCACUUACUUACCAGUCACUGCUAUUUUCUUCGUUAGAUCUAUCCAUUUAUUUCUUUUGCUUUUUUGCAAUCUAGCAUUAUUCGUUUCAUUCUCUACUAGAUCACGAUUGUCGCUUACAAUUGUACAUAUGAUUUUUCAUUGAAAAAAACUUUUGUAAAUCUUUUUUCCUAUGAUUAUUAAAAACUUUUUACUUUUUUUACAUAUGUAUUUCUUAUUAUUAAUGGCAUGGGUAAAUGAGAAAUAAAAAUAUCAGCAUUAUAAUGUAAAACAAAGUUUCAUUUAUUGAAAUGAGAGCAAGAAAUCCACAAGUUUUUCGAAAGGAACUUGAUCCAUUUGAAUUGUUUAGUUUUCGUAGAACUUCUAGCAGAUAUCUUCAUCGAAAGGUAGUGUACAGAUUAUCAGAUAGGGCAGAUAGGUUAGAGCCUCAGCACCUCCAGCAAUGCAGGAACUCCUUCAUG